UUCAGUUUCAGUUUCAUUUGUUCGCUUCGUCAGCGCGUAUCGGUUCGGAGUAGUUGUAAUUUUUGCUCUCGAAAUAUUAUUUUAGAUUUAGAAUUUAGAAUUUCGAAUUCGAAACAUUGGAAUAUCUCGCCACAAAUUCAGUAGUUCAGUUCGCCUCGCUCCUUCCGCCACAAUCCGAAACAAAUCCGCAGUGGGAUUCCCUGAGUCAGCAAUCCUUUCACCACAGCCAAAAAUGAGAUCAAACAAAGCCCGUACACAGAGCCAUGACAACAGACUGCAAAUUUCUACGCCUUUCGGUGGCUUUCCGGCAGCAGCAGCUCCACAUACGUCUGUGUAUCAGCAGCCGGCUCCGGCUGCAGGACGCGCGCCAGCUCGCGGGGGAAAGCUCAAGCCAUCAGUCCCAUCCACUCUCCAGCAGCAGCAGCAGCAGCUGCAGCAACAGCACGAGCUCCAGGCCCAGCAGCUGCUGCAGCAGCAGCAGCAGCAACUGCUGGCACAGUCGGGAGUGGCGGCCCCCGAAGUGGCUGCUGCCGCCGGACAGCGCGCCCCCGUGCCCACCUAUGCGGACCAAAUGCAGGCCGCCUUCCUUGACUACCAGCGGCAGCGAGUGGAGUUCGAGCAGCAGCAGCAGCAGCUGCUUCAGAAACUCUACCAGUUCUAUCCGGACAUGUCCAUCGGACAGGCCCAGGCCCCCGGACAGGGACAGGGGCAGUCCCAGGGGCAGUCCCAGGCCCAGGCCCAGGCCCAGCCACAGAUCCAGCCUGAUGUCGCAGGAGCUGCUGGAUCGCGUUUCGUUUACCGUCGUCCGCAGUUCGGAUCCAACGGGCUGCAGCAGCAGGCUGGCCGUCUGUCCGGCAACCAGGGAGCAGCUCAAGGACAGGGCGUUCGUGCCGCGUACUCAGCGGGCGACAUCUACUCAGGAUCAGGGGGCGGUCGAGGUGGUCAGGCCGCGCCCACAGGUGGCGACUUCUACUCGACCCAGCAGCACAUGGGCUUCCUGCAGCAGCAGCAGCAGGACGUGCUGCGCGAGCAGCAGCAGCAGUUUGCCAGCAGCCAACUGGCCCCCACCACCACCCAAAGCUACGGAAUGGCCGUCCCAAUGUCCUCCGUGCUGGGCUCGCCCUCGUUCCAGCCCUCGUCGGACGUUUCCCACGUGAGCUUCAGCAGCGGCAAUCUCAACUACAAUUUCUAGUCAGCCGGAAGCAGCCGAAGCAGCAACAGGAUCCGUCUCUAUCUUAAGUAUAUUUUUUUUCGAUCUAUUAAGUUUUUUUUUCGUCGAAAUUCCUAGUGAAUAAAUUCAGAAUUCUCGUCUGGCAUCAACAAUAAAUUGCUA